CCAAUGACGUGGCUGUUGUGACACUGGACAAGCCCAUAGACCUGAGCAAGCCUUGUGCCACACCCAUCUGUAUGGACAAAAGCUACACCGUCAAGUCUGGUCAGACAUGUACUGUUGCGGGAUGGGGAGCUACGGACGAAAACAGCAGACAGGCGAGCCAGAGACUGCAAAGUGUGUCCCUCCCGACCUUCCAAGGCACGGACUGCAGCACCGUGUUCCCGGGGUCCGGCGCCAACUACCUGAGAGACCCGACAAAUCAGCUGUGUGCUGGGCAGCCCAACGUGGGCGGGGUCGACGCCUGUGGGGGUGACUCGGGAGGUCCCUUGGUCUGCCUGGACGACGCCACACAACGCUGGGUGGUGGUUGGCGUGGUUUCCUACGGCGAGGGCUGCGCACGCCCAAACUUCCCCGGUGUCUACGCCAAGGUCAGCUCCUACUACGACUGGAUUCAGGAUCAGCUCAAAAGUUAAAGAUGUCAUGUCAUUAUGCAAUCUGAAGCACGGAGAGUGACUACGUAUUACCGUUCAAGACUGGUUGGCAGUUCUUGUCUUAGAAAUGUCACUAAUUAAAAUUUUAUCAAUCACCCCAAAAAUCUCUCUCCCCCCCCCCCCCAAUAAUGAAAAAACAAAACAAAAAAAACAUGUAAUAAAUUUACGAACACCGACUCUCCCUCUUACUCUCUUGAGAAUCUGACUGCAAUUCAGGCAGUAUUUAAAUCAAAUAAAUUCCUCGUCACUUCAUGAA